AUGUCGAAGACAACAACCAAGUAUCUCCUCGUCUCGCUCCCCUCCUCCAUCACCCCCUCCUCCCACCGGGACGACGCUCUGGGGGCAAUUUCCUCAACCGUUGCGGACAAUGGCACUGUCACCCAGUUCCCUAUCCCCGAAUUCAAGAUCGGGACCCUGGACGCCCUGGUCCAGCAGGCGGAUGAGCUGGCGAAACUCGAGUCGGGAUGCCAAGCCGUCGUUUCGAAAGUCACCGAUGCACUGAGGAACAUCCUGGACAACGACGAGGCACAGAUUGAGAAGAUGAAAACUGUCAAUGAUAAGCCUGUUGACCACUAUCUCCGAACGUUCACAUGGAACAAGGUGAAGUACCGGGCUGAUAAGCCAUUGGCAGAGUUGAUUGAUCUCUUGCAGAAGGAAACAGCUAGCAUUGAUAAUGAUAUCCGGAGUAAAUACUCUCAGUACAACCAAGUCAAGUCUAAUCUGGCGACUCUACAGCGGAAACAAACGGGCAACCUCUCGACGAGAUCCCUGACGUCCGUCGUGGACCCUCGUCUGCUUGUGCAAGAGUCUGAAUAUAUCGAGACGCACCUUGUUGCUGUUCUCAAGCAGCAGGUGAAGGAGUUCCUAAAGACGUAUGAGACUGUAUCGCCCAUGGUUGUUCCGCGCUCUGCGACACUGGUUGCCGCCGAUGAUGAGUUCACCCUCUACGCUGUGACUACCUUCAAGAAGCACAGCCCGGAGUUUAUCCACAAGUGCAGGGAGCAUAAGUGGAUCCCCCGAGAUUUCAAAUAUGUGGAAGGUGGACGGGAAGAGGAGAGAAAAGAGGUCGAGCGGGUUGGUGGUGACGAGAGGAAGCUAUGGGGAGAAACAUUGCGGCUGGGAAGAACUGCCUGGAGUGAGGCCGUAAUGGCUUGGAUCCAUGUGCUUGUUCUACGGGUAUUCGUGGAGACAGUUCUCCGGUAUGGUCUGCCACUGGACUUUGUGUGCACGAUCAUCAGGACGACACCGAAGCAAUCCGCAAAGGCAAAGAGUGCACUCGACGAGAAGUACUCGUACUUGGCGGGUAACGCAUUCGGGCGUGACAAGAAGGGCCGCGUCAAGAAAGAUGACCCUGGGGAGCUCCACGCUGCCGGCGAGGGUGGUGCGGAGUAUACUCCAUACGUCUAUUACGAAUUCCAGUUUGACUAA